UUUAGGGAUUAUUAAACAUUUUGGUAUUACAGAGAGCUAUAGGUUUUGUGCAAGAUUAUGGAGGAAUUCGAAAUAAAAACAACACCUUUCUUAAGAUACAAACACGUAGCAAAAUUCAUCGACGAACAUGAUGUAAAAUGUAAUUAUUUUCUUAAAAAGUUUCAUCCUGAAUCAGAAUCAUCGCUACAGAUAUCUCAUAAAUGUAUCCCGUUAACUGUCCAAGUAAAAGCGUUCUUGCCUAAACAAAUUAUUGAUGUAUUGGAUGCUAAACAUGCUGUAAGGGACAUCUACACCAGAGAUUUAGAAAAUCACAAAACGGAAGACAAUGACAGCAGACCUUUGAUUGAAGUUGAGGGAAUGAGAAAUGGUCGGCAAAAGGUUUUCCUUCAAACAAGAGACACAAAUGAAAUGAACUCACAAGAUACGGAGUCAAUGAAAUUCGAAUGUAGUUCUGAUGAAUUCAUUUCCAGAGUAGAUUUGCUUCUAGAGCAAUUUGCUCUGAACCAAUUCAAGACAAAGAUAGAACAGUUACACAGAAUUAGGGAAGAGAUUGCGAAUAAUGAUAUAUCAGGUGGACAAACAUCAAAGAAGAGAAAACUAUCCAUCGACCUGACUACACUUCGAUCAGGUAAAAGUUUUCAUCCCUCAACAGAAAGUGCCCUUGGCGGUGAAUCUACCGUAUUGGAUGAAAUGGAACAUGAAGUUCUGACGGACACAAUUCGCAGCGGGGAAGCAUUGUUUCGAAGAAGAGGAAACACAACUGAAGCUCAAGAGAAAUACCCAGUUCUGACAGAUGAGGUCUCCGAUGGGAUAUUUUUAACAGACCAGCGAAUCCACGGCUGUGGAUACCGAAGUCGAAUUUUGAACAUAUUCGUCGACGAACAAGAUGAUAAACAACACCUUCAAAUUCGCAACAGCAUCAAAAAAACAUUGCGAAAAUACAAUAUCGUUGAUUUUGAAGUAUUGUUUGGAUUAUAUAAGAUACAACUGUUUUCAGGACAUGUUGCUGGUUGUGAGGUAGAAAACAAAUUUGGGUUAUCGGGGACACUAGGUGGAUACACACGUAACGAAAGAAGAAAAGAUAUACGGUCUUUUAGCAAGGCAUUUUGCUGAACCAGAUAUGGACGCACCUCUUGAAGCACAUGCGAGCGUUUACUGUAGAGGCCGUAAUUAUUCGACAUUGGAAAUCGGCAAAGUUGUAAGAUGCCGAGGAAGAGUCGAAUAUGACAUUUCUGCUGCCAAAAUGAUUGUUGAGUCUAGAGAUACACGCUUCAGAAAUUCAGCAGGCGAACAUGUGCGAAGUAGGUUAUUUCGUUUUGACGAAGGAAACCAAGAGGAGCGGCAUGUUUAUAUAUGGGCAAAGGGAGAAACCUAUCCACGGAAAGGAAAAAUUGCCGUACCAUAUUACAAGCAAAGAGCUCUUGAAGGGCAUUAUGUCCUGAUGGAAGACACGAGCGAACUUGAUAGUAAAACGAAUACUUUUAGAUGGAAAAGGUUAUGCGAACGCGGUCAAAGUGGAGCAAUUUUCUGUUCCGAUGAACCAAAUGGAACAUGCGCACAUGUCUUUUCAAUGCUUCAGGGAAUGCAGAAUUACAAAGAAGUGGACUCCAAUCCAAACAAGAAAGGACUGUACCUGUCUUUCGCACUGCAUGAAGGACUGGAACAGUUGAAAAAUGAAAUUAGUGAACAAUUGGAGCUUUGUUAAUUUUUAGUGACUCUGGAAUCAAGACAGACUGCUAUGAUGUCGCCUAUUGUUCUUUCUGUCAUGGUUCUUAAGGCCGCUUUUCUUCUUACGUGUCGAAACGAAACAGUUUUUCGUUUAUAUUUUGUUUUAAACACGUACACAUCAUGUAAUUAUAAAAUAGUCGAUUCCUUCAUUGCAAAUUUAUUGUUAUGAUUCAUUUUCUUACGAAAAUAGUACGAAAACUGUAUUUCGACCUGCAAGGUCGGUUGCGGGUCAGUAUAAUCUACCACAUGAUCAUGAUCAAUAACAAUUUUCACAAUAAUAUGCUGAUGAUAAAUAAAUGCGGUAACUAUGAACAUGCACUACUUUUCUUUUUUUAAACUUAUUUAUUUUACAACGAUUGUUAAAGUUAUUUCAACAUUAUAUUAACCACUCUCUUUGACACAAUU